ACAGCGAUGGCUGCCCUCUGCAGCAAGCACAGGCUCAAGCAUCUCCAACACCUCUGCAGCUUCGGCUUUAAGAUCCCGAGGAGAAACUUCGCAGGUAAAGGGAAAUAUGAUUAUGACCUAGUGGUUAUUGGAGGUGGUUCUGGAGGACUGGCAUGUUCAAAAGAAGCGGCCCAACUGGGACAGAAAGUGGCUGUCCUGGACUACGUGGAAGCUUCCGUGAGAGGCACAACAUGGGGCCUUGGAGGCACAUGUGUGAACGUUGGCUGCAUUCCCAAGAAGCUUAUGCACCAGGCAGCUUUGCUUGGUACCGCAGUGAAGGACGCGAAGAAGUAUGGCUGGAAAAUCCCUGAGCCUGUGUCACAUGACUGGGCGACUAUGUCUCAGGCGGUACAGAACCACGUGAAGUCACUGAACUGGGGACAUAGGGUCCAGCUGCAGGACAGGAAAGUGAAGUAUCUGAAUAUGAAAGGCAGCCUGGUGGACGAGCACACUAUCAGAGGCAUGAAUGCCAAAGGAAAGGAGAUGACUGUGACCGCCCGGAACGUUGUGAUAGCCACUGGUGGACGACCGAAAUACCCCACGCAUGUUCCAGGAGCUCUGGAGUUCGGCAUCAGCAGCGAUGAUCUCUUCUGGCUUAAAGAGUCUCCAGGAAAAACGCUAGUGGUUGGAGCCAGCUAUGUGGGUUUGGAGUGUGCUGGGUUUCUCACAGGCAUCGGCCUGGACACCACUGUGAUGGUGCGCAGCAUCGCCCUCCGGGGGUUCGACCAGCAAAUGUCCCGGCUGGUGACGGACUACAUGGAGGCGUACGGGACGCGUUUCUCCUGGGACGCCGUGCCUAAGAAGGUGGAGAAGCUUCCGUCUGGGCUUCUGCAGGUCACCUGGACCGACACACAGAGCAAGCAGGAACAUCAGGAUGCGUUCAACACGGUGCUCUGGGCUGUAGGCAGGGCCCCUGAAACCAAAACUCUGAACCUGAAGCAGGUCGGUGUGGAGCUAAAUGAAGAUACAGGGAAAGUCAUAGUGGCUGCUGAUGAGCGGACCUCCAUGUCAAAUAUCUUCGCCAUCGGCGACAUCGCACAGGGUCGUCCUGAACUGACCCCUACUGCCAUCAAGGCAGGUAAACUACUGGCCCGGAGGCUAGCGGGUCACUCCAGCCAGCUGAUGAACUACGACAAUGUGCCCACUACAGUAUUCACUCCACUGGAAUAUGGCUGUGUGGGUCUGUCAGAAGAAGAAGCAGAAAGAAGAUGCGGCAAAGAGAAUGUAGAGGUCUAUCACGCCUUCUACAAGCCGCUGGAGUUCACUGUAGCUGAGAGAGAUGCCGGUCAGUGCUACAUAAAGGUGGUUUGUGAGGGGCAUGGUGAUCAGAGAGUUUUAGGUCUGCACUUUACUGGUCCUAACGCAGGAGAAGUGACUCAGGGUUUCGCCCUCGGCCUCCAGUGUGGCUUCACCUACGCUCAGCUGCGGGACACAGUUGGAAUCCACCCCACCUGCGCCGAGGAGCUGACGAAAAUCAACAUUACCAAGCGCUCCGGUCUGGACGCCACGGUUACCGGCUGCUGAGGUUAAGCACCCCCUCCCCUAAAAACACUGAACACAUGGACCCUUUAGACUGAGGCACUGACGGCUUCUUUUGGCCGAAGUGCUUAGUUGAAGUGAACCGUUUUUGGUGCUUUCUGUUCUUUGCCUCCCUCCAGUCUGUCACUCUAUAAUGACCUCCGACAGGUCAUUUGGUGCCUGUCUUGCGCCCAAAGUAGACGUGUAUACACUGGUCGAUCUUGGUUGGUUAACGAAAUUCUUUAAAUGUGGAGAAAAAUGGAAAAAACGGAAAAUACGCAAAGUUCAGGCCUUAACUUGGCUGCUGCCACUGUUUUAGCUGUUUAAAACUAUUCAGAACUUUUGUCCAUCUUUAUAGAUAACAGAGUGUCAAUCAGUGUCAUGUGAGUGUAUGAUGAUUUAGGCACAAUGCUAAAUGGUGCAUAUGCGCUUCCGUUGGUGAUGCACUGAAGUGAACCAAAAUUCAGAACACAGUGGAAAGCUUGCAGCAAGCAAAACCAGUUUACAAGCCACGAAAUCGAGCAAUGAAUUCCAUUCAUUCUUAGACAUAUUUUGCACUUUUGUUUCCAUAAUUUGACUGAUCAAAUCACCUGAGGCUGCAGGUGCUCAGUAAUCAGGGUUUCUUAUUGUCAUGCUGCUUAUUUAAAAUGAUUUGUAAACUCCUAGAUUUUGGCACUUUGUAGCCAUAUUUAAUCUUUUGUUUUAAUCAUUUCUGCCAAAUUUUGGGCUGUUUUUCUCGGAAAUAGCCAUCCCAAAUUUCCACCAAGAUUUACAUUUCACUGCACUGGUGCUUCCGUUACUGGCUAGCUGUCAGCCUCAAAGCUCUAUCACACAAGUACAGAGCCACACUUCAGACACCAAACACCAAACUUGGACUACAUUUGGAGUAAGAGGGGAACUUUUAGUGCAUUAACACAUUUUUAUCCACAUUACUGCCUUAAGUUUAUGUUGAUUAGCUCUUACACUCUCACAGUUAGUCCUAAUGAAUGACUUUGAUCCCCGAUCUCUGUUUGUUUCUCAGCAUGGGUCCCUCAUUUAUAACCCAACGAUUCAGAUAGUCCGAUAAGGCCCUGGCGCAUGAGCCGAAGAGGUAAAACCAGGGGUGCCCUGGCAGAGCGACAGCGAAAGGGCUAAACAGGGUCAUAAAUCAGGAUUAAGGCCCCAUUACGGUUUGUUGAAACGAGAGUUGCAGGAGAACGCGGCCUAAUGUUUCUGAAAUAUAUUCUGCAAAUAUUGUUGUUUCUCCGGCUGUACUUCCUGUCCAUUACUCAUGUGCCGCCGCUGACACUGAUGGAUGGGAUCGGCCCGUCGUCACGGUGACAACACCCCGUUUCCCAGGGAGGCAGACAAACACUCGGUGAGGAGCCUGUCAGUCACACACGAAGCCUGGUGCUGGGGCCAGAGAACGCUUGUUUAAACCUGGGCUUCAGCGGUUCCCCCUAGAGCGCAGAGAGAACGCAUACACAUUCUCUGUCUGUCUCCGGGCCAGCAGACUCCAGCAACUUGAUCAGUUGAGAUAAAACAAGUCUGUUUUUAUUAAUACCUCCCUCCGCCUCAAGGUGGCAGUGUUGGCCUCCUUUUUCCUCGCUGUUCUACCCUGAGGUCAGUUGGGAAGUUGUUGGAUGGAUCUAACCAAUUCAGCCUGAUUUCAAAUCACAGUUUUGAAGAUGAAUUGAUUCCCGGCUUGGCGGCUCAUGUUUUUAUGGAAUGGUUUUCAUUCCGGGAGAUAAGCUUAUCACUUUUGGAUAACAGUUCCAGCCCCGGGGGGGAGGGGGGGGGCGGGGUGCCACCUUCACUGAGGCAGCUGUUGCACAACUGCAGCUGUUUCCAUCAACAAGAGCGCUAGCUACAUUAUGGAGCUUAUAAUGCCAUCGCCUUGAAGGAAUGCUUUGGUGAAAAAUCUGCAUUCCUCAAAAUACCUCCUUAUGCAGAAUGUAGUAGAUCAGCCAAGGCAUGUUUGGUGUCUGAAUUAUUGCAAAAUUCAUGCUUUAAGUUUUCUACUAUUUUUUUAUGCACUUAUGCAGCACACUUUGUCUAUUUUUAUUGAUAAAUCAUACUUUCGGAAACCACAUAAGCAAGUCUGUUCAGAGUUUGCGUCUUUAGUUUUGCACGGGUUGUGUGCAAAAGUGUGAACAUGAUUUGUUGAUAUUUAAAGUCAAAAAAGCGUAAAUGUAGCACUUUUCUGCUGAUUUUAGUGCACAACUUCAAUUUACAAUGCUAUAUAUGCCCUAAAAUACUAUAUAUGCCCUAACCUUUCUACGUUUUAUCUUUUAUUUUGUCUCAAUACGUUGAAUUCAGCAAAGGCACAGUUAAUAAUCACUGAUAGAUUUGCAUAUCUAUCGCUGUCCAAAGAGAGACAGGUAUCUCCGAAAUAAUACGUUGACCUUUCAUCGUAAGUUAAUGUAAAGAGGCUUCAUUCCGAGUGAUUUUGGAGCAUUCCUAUUGGUGCAUUCGUUAUGAAAAAUUCACACAACAUAAAGGACAGCUGGUGUGUUGAAAUAAACAUGGAGAGAUUUUUUAUUGGACAGCGACGGUAUGUUGGCACUGAAUGACACACUGUUAUCUGUUAACAUGGACAAAAGUGCAUCGCUAAAACAUUGUAGCCGGAAUUUUGUCCGUUUUUGUCCAGCUUCUGUUAUUUAUUUGCUGAUUUUCCUUGUAGCUCCAGUUCAGAUGUUUGCUCAGUGUCUACUCUGUCUCGUAUGAUUAAUGGGGCUCGAAGAUGAGUGACAGGUUGCCGUGACGAUGGAGAGGAGCACUGCGCUACUAGGUUUAUUUGUACCUGUGGAUGUGAGAGAGAAAAGGGGGGGCGGCAGGGGGGUCCUGUGUUCUUGUUUCAGGGCAGGGGUGCUGAACCCUGACCCCAAUACACCAACAGCUUUACUCUAUUUUAGGCCAUGUGCUGUCCCAGAUUGAUUGAAUAUGUACUCCAAGUUCGCUAGAGAAACUGCGUCCAUUGAUCACUGCGUAAUUGUUGAGAUGUAAACGUUCAGCACGUCAUAGUUUGAUGUGAAGUGGUUCAUUGCAGUGAAACUGCUCAGAUUUCUUUACAGUGGUGGUGAUGGGACCCAGAUAUUACGAUGUCAACGACACAAAUGUGGCCAUUUUAUUUACUGUUCAAACCAGCAGUGAAGCUUCAGUGUCUCCUGGGUUUUUCUGUGUAAUGAUGAUGGUGAAUCAAAAAACGCCUAAUCUAUUUUUUAGCCCGAAAGCUUCUAAAACUACUUUAAACCAUCAAACCAAACGCUGUAUUUGUCAAAGCUUUUUGUGAGGGAGAUUUUAGAGGCUGUCACCUCCCCAGAGACGUCUGGUUCCUAUCACCACCCUUGUGCACAAGUCUCACUCCAUUGUUUUUUUCCCCAGAAAGGAGCAUCGCCCCUCAAACUGUUUAAUGAUUAUGAAUGUUUACAUCCUAACAAUUUAAUUGUGCAGAAAUGAUAAAACAUCUGUGAAAGUCUGAUCCGAGCUGGAUUAGUUUUAUCUCAGGAUGUCCAGAUCCGUCAUUUCAGACCGGUAUGAGUUUUGCGGCAGGUCCAGUUUUUACAGUCUGUCAGUAACUGUGCAGCAAAUGGUCUUCUGUCGCUGGCUGAACCUGGAGCUCCCACCGUAACGGCAGUCCUGUUCCAAUCCACUUAAUGGAAUCACAAAACCUGCUAACAGGCACAGCCGUGUGGGGUGAUGUUAAUGUUAUUGAGUGUUUCCUGUGGCUUAACAAUGACCUGAGCGUUCGAGCUAUGACCGUUCGAUCUGGGCUAUCUGUGGGAAUUUGGGGGAAUUUCAUGGAUACGUUGUCCUGAACUAUUUAACUAAUCAAAUCCCAGCAAAUUAUCUUACCUUAUGUGGGGAAACUUAUCCAGCUCCAGUAGUGCUUUAGCCACUCCACGGUCAUAAUUUGUGUUAUAGACAGACUUUGUUUGCCAAGUCAUAGAUCACUCUUCUUGAAAUGCUGAGACACACAUGACCUCCAGGCUCACUGAGAGAGCAGCUCCAGCUCCUAAAUACACACACACACACACACACACUUCCACACACUCUGAAGGGUCAGGGUUCAACUUUCAAGUGCCCGGUUAAUGAUGACUUGCGCUAAAAGCCAUAACUGGAGAGGGCAAGUCUGAUGUCAGCCGGUGUCCAUCCAUUCAUCUCUGUAAAUAGCUAAAGGCUAAUUUGAUAUAAAGCUUUGUAACUGCAUAAUUUAUGUGUAGAGUAAUAAAUCAUGAGAACGUACAGCGUCUCUGUUUCAAUAAUGA